AUGACUGAUUUUUCGUUCUUAGUAUGGAACGUUCGGGGUGCUGGGAACCCCCGAGCCCAUCGGGAGAUUCAUUACUUAUGUCGGGAGCAUUGGGUGCGUAUUCUGAUACUAUUGGAGCCUAUGGUCAUCGCAGCACUGGAGUAUUUCUGUCGGCAUUUGGGAUUCGCUCAGAUGAUUGGGAAUGAGGCAACCACGAUUUGGUUGUUUGUCGAUAGUUCUUUCCAGAUUCAGCUGCUUGCGAGUGCCGAUCAGUGGAUUAAUGUGCAGAUAUCGUCACCGCAGAUUCGUCGCCCCUUUUUGCUGACGGGGGUCUAUGGGAGAUGUAGUGUCGUCGGAUGUCGGGAGAUAUGGAGAUUCUUGGAGGAGACUGCGGCCCCAGCAGUUGGGGCCCCUUGGAUAGUCGGUGGCGACUUCAACGCCAUUGCGGAUAUAUUUGAGAGGGAAGGGCCGGGACGGCCGCGGCUGCGAUCGAUUCAGGAUUUCUCGGGUGCUCUUUUUGACGCUGGAUUGAUAGAUGCCGGUUAUGAGGAUCCUCAGUAUACUUGGACGAACCGGCGAGUGUGGAAGCGCUUGGAUCGGAUACUUUAUAGCCGUUCGUGGGAGGAGUUUGCGGAGUCCACGCGGGUUCAGCACCUCCCGCGGAUGUGCUCGGAUCAUGCGCCCCUUCUAGUUCGGGUCUCACAUGAGCGCCAUCGGGUUUCAUCAGCUUUUUGA